GAUUGUAUACACCUGUGUCCAUGGAGGGGAUUGGAGAGCACCUGAAUCACAUGAUAUGGAGGGGAUUGGAACACCUGAAUCACAUGAUAUGGAGGGGAUUGAAACACCUGAAUCAAAUGAUAUGGAGGGGAUUGAAACACCUGAAUCACAUGAUAUGGAGGGGAUUGAAACACCUGAAUCACAUGAUAUGGAGGGGAUUGGAACACCUGAAUCACAUGAUAUGGAGGGGAUUGGAACACCUGAAUCACAUGAUAUGGAGGGGAUUGGAACACCUGAAUCACAUGAUAUGGAGGGGAUUGGAACACCUAAAUCAUAUGAUAUGGAGGGGAUUGGAACACCUGAAUCACAUAUGAUAUGGAGAGCGGGGCCAAUACUCGGCAAUAUAGUGUACAGUAUAUAUAGGUGG